AUGUGUGCUUUUGUGCCCCCGGUUGGUGCCUCAAAAGGGGUCAGUAAUGGUGAUGGGGAAUUUCAAGAGUUUUUACUGCACAUCCGCAUGCUUGAGGGGCAUUUGUACAAGCGGGCCCCCGCCAUAUGUGCGAGCCCAUGCGGUUCCUACUGGGCUGAAUCUUCCAAAUGA